AUGGAAGUAAAAGGAGAUUUGGAACAGGAAAAAAUUAUCGAUGAGUUACAGUCAUGGUUUGAAAAUAAUCCCAAAUUACCAAAGAAAAUAAAUCGCAUACUUUUGACACGAUUCUACUACUGCAUGUACAAGGAUAUUAAGGAAACGAAGAAUUUAAUUGAAGUCAACUAUGGCCUAAGGAAAAAUGCGGAAGAUGUUUUUAUACGUCGCGAUCCCACAGAUAAAGAUACUCUAGCUUCUGGCGCCUAUGCAGAUAUGGUAUUUCUGCCAGGAUUAACACCCGACAAAUAUCGGGCAUCUGUAUUGCGCAUAAGUAAUCCAGAUCCAAAUAUGAUGGAUCACCUGAGAGAUAUAAAAACUUACUUCAUGGUAUCCGACUAUCGUUUUGCUUUGCCUGACGGCAAGGACCCAACGACAGGCAAUAGCCUUUUGGCCCUGGGCGAAAUAAUUAUUAUUGAUAUGCAAAAUUUUACAAUGAAACAUAUGACACGCGUUUCGAUCAGAGCCUUGCGCGUUUCCAUAAACUAUUUGCAACGUGGCUAUCCGGUGCGAAUAAAGAGUAUUCACCUGAUCAAUUGUCCGCCGUAUAUGAAUAAAAUUAUUUCAUUUGUACGGCCGUUUUUGAGUAAGCAGAUUUUGGAGUUGCUACAUUUCCAUAAUGAAAAUUUGGAAUUGCUUUACAAUUAUGUACCCAAGGAAAUGUUGACGGAGGAAUAUGGCGGCCCAGCAAGCAAAAUGAGUGAUCAUAAGGAUCAGCUUCUACAGUCGUUAAUAGAUACAAGAAAUUAUCUUAUGGAUCACGAUUACUGGAAGGUCUAAUGGAAUUUA